AUUAACCGCUGCUGCCUAGUCCACUCCCUUGAGCAAAAAUACUUCUAGAUCCGCUCUUUUAGCAAUCAACUUACUGUAGUCCCUCAUAACCUUGGUGUUGCCUAAAAGCUUUCAUAUUUUGAACCAACGCUCUCGUCAAUUUCAUUCACAUCGCCUUUUACAUGCUGAAGCACGUUGCCUAGGUAUGCGCCCUGGGGCGUGAAUCUCUUUAUGCAUCGUAGCUUCCUCCAAUAUUCAACGAGCUUCCUUUAGUUCUAUCUCCGGGCGACACACCACGUGGACCUGAUUCUGUGUUCCCUUGCUUCUUAUCUACUCAUCAACACUACUUAUACCUAACUUUCCCCUAAAACACCUCAGCGCAACUCUCAACUGCAUGUGUGCCACUACAAUCCUUGCAAAUGGGAGCAAUCGAGUUUCUCUGCGAUAUCCGAUUUCAUCGAACUCUCAUACUCCCACCUAAUCCAGAAACUGGGAGGCCAAAGUAUCGCCUAUCCUACGCCGACUUCGGUGACUCCAACAGCGAUGCUGUUGUACUAUUUUGCGGGGCAUUGAUGGGGAUGCGGCUGUGCUAUUCGCCUCUCGACCAGUUGGCAAAGGCACAUGGAGUGAGAAUUAUACACCCAGAUAGGCCUGGUAUAGGCGGGAGUGAUCCAGUCGAGCAGAGCGAGAGAAUACCCAUGUGGCUCGAAAUGAUCCCUCAUCUUCUCUCUCACCUGAAGAUCUCCCAUGUCUCCAUCACAAGCCACAGUGGUGGCAUGAUCUACGCCUUGAACACGAUGCUCACGUAUCCUCACCUGCUCCAUCCUACGAAUCCGUACGUCACCUUCUUCGCGCCUUGGGUGCACCCAUCUCACUCUGGAGUAACGCACAUGAGAGCGGCCGAGCUUCUCCCGGCUCCACUUAUCGGCCGCUUUAUGUCCGUGGCUCGAUUUGUGAACAAAAACGUCAUGCCACUAGCUGGAUUGAGCAGUAGCUUUCUUCAUGGAAUCAAAGACUCAUUCUUGCGGUCAAACUCUACUCCGGCUCCAAUCCCGCUGGACCCGAGCUCCUUGUCUCCAACUGCGUCGCGGACUUCGAGCCAAAGUCCAGCUGAACUGAACUUUGACAGUCCUGCAGUUGUCGAGGAGCUCCGACAGCUAAUCAUCUCAUAUCUUUUCGCGGAAUCUACAGAUGGAAUUUCAGCGGAUGCAAAAUUGUUUCUCAAGAGACCGUCGUCCACUACAUGGUGUUCACCGAGUGUCUUCUGGUCAGACGUCGACUAUGCUGUGGCUUUGCUCUCAAAAAUAAUCGAAGAAGAGAAGGGAGCUAGUAACAACCCCCGAAAAUGGAUAAUUGAAUCAUUCCAUGGGGAAACGGACGAUAUGGUGGGAGAGAAGGGACGAACGUGGUUCGAUAGCUGCUGGACUCCUAGCGGAUCAUCGUCAUCCAACCUGAGCGGUGCCAGGACCGGAUCUGCCAGAAACGAGAACUCCACAGGCUUCGAAUACAGGAGCGAAGUUGUUCCAGGCAGCGAGCACAACUAUUUGAUGGAUCCAGCAUAUGGCGCGUCUGAAGGGUGGCUGCGAAGAGUGCGCGAGGCAUUUCUGAUGUUGGAAGAGGUCUGAUCCGCUACCGCGAUUUCUACGUGCUCAAGGACCCUUUUGACAACAUGCUGAUUGCUCUUUCAGUGUAGGAUCAUGGGGUACAUAACUAUUUACAUUCCGGUCUCCAUCUCCUUUUCUUGAAACGAAGAAGGCCUCAUCUCGCGUCUCUCGCUCUCAGGAUGAAAAGAAUCAUAUUAGGCCCAUGGAGAAUCAGACCAACAUCGACCAAUCAGCCACAGGCGCACGAAAUGCACCCGAUACUAAGCGCAUUCGAUGACUGCUCUUCGACAAGGCCAGUCCGAAGAGGAAAGACUGGAUUGGGGGGAGGCGUGAAGGUGGACAAGAAUGGAUUCUGAUGGCUGGGAGGGCAAUGGGGUAGAGCAAAGGCUUUCUUUGACCAAAAACAGGACAUUUGACCUAG